AUGGACCUGGACUCAAUGAAGUAUGCGGAUUUGCGAAGCCUCGCUAAGGAGCUCGGGGUGAAGGCGAAUAUGAAGGCUGAUAAACUCCUGAAAGCCAUCAAACAGCACUAUGAAGAGGAGAAGCAGGAGGAGAAGGAAGUGCAGGGACACGAUGGUGAUACCGUCCCACAUGAGGAAAAUGUUGCUCAGGAAAAUCCCAAGGAAGAAGUCUGCGGCAGCGGUGCGUUUGUGAACACGCGGCGCGGGAGGGGACCCGGCACCAAGAGGAGGGUCACUGAGGCCAAGUCCAGCGCAGAAGCACCACAGGUUCACAAAGAGGCAUGCAGCAGUGCGAAGAAGCGAAAGGUGUCCUCUGACAAGGACUCCGGAAGCACUUCAGAAGUUUCCAGCAAGGAGCAGCAGCCUGACGUGAAGGACGAAGCUCCUGUUCCGGUGGAAACAGAAAAGCCAGCGAGAGUUAUCAAGGCGGGCAGGAUCCCUCGCUACCAAGGACUCCAGCAGAAGAGGACGACGCUGAAGCCCACCACGCCGAACUUCCAAAAGCUUCACGAGGCUCAGUUUAAUAAGAUGGAGUCCAUCGAUGCGUAUGUUCAGCGGAAGGUGAAGCAGACAGGGAGCUCCGUAAAGGUACUUCUAAACGGCAUUUUUAUCCUAAAAACACUUUCAGACAAAACGAAAAGGCAAGCUGAUGUGAAACCUCCAGCGAAGGCGACCCCGGCACGUACCAGCAUGUUCAGCCCACACCCGGGGAACGACGGCCUGGCUGAAGGAAAGCGCAGGCACACUCUGAUGUCGGCCAGCAAAGCCGUGCCUGCUGGGAAAGAUGCCUCGUUCAGACCGUUAGUCCUCUCCACCCGCAGGAUCAACGUCCGAUUCUCGGAGGCGACUCGCGACAACGAGUUCAAGAGGUCUCUGGUGAAGACGCCUGCGCGCAUGUCCACCUGCUUGAGCUCCAGCACGCCGCUGAAACCCGCCGCCGGAGCGGAGAAGCCCAGCGGCACCAAGGCCUCCGCCCUCUCCGCCAGGAACACUCCAGUCCCGUUCCUGUUCUCGGCCAACACCAGCAUUUCAGGGACUCCCGGGACGCAGAAGAAGCCCGGCUUCGACCUGAAGGCCAGUCUGUCGCGUCCCCUCACCUGGAAGCCUCAUAAAGGGAAACUGAAGCCGUUGGGAGAGAACAAGGAAAACCCGGCGGACAAGUCUCAGAUCUCAAAUCCACGUCAGGAAACUUACAAGCAGCACAAAGUUCAGUCCAGGGACGACAGGAGGGCGAUGAAGGCAGACGAACGAAAACAGAAGAAAGCCAACGUGCUCGGAGCGAGGAGAGGUCUGGUGAUGAUGUAGACCUGCUUCCAUGGCGUUUGUUUGUUUUAUUGUAAAUAUUUUAAUGUCUGAGGUCACUUUCAGCUGUUUGUAAGACAGUAGAUGGGCUAGCAUCGCUGAAUUUGAAUUUACAGUUUAGAGACUUCUGCAUUCGUCCAAACCUGUUUUUACUCCUAAACUGUAAAUUUGUUGUUUUUAAACGAGUAGAAUCGUGCUUUUCUGCAUUUGGUUUUUUUCCUUACACGUUUUACACGCUUCAUUUUUAUUACUUUUGUUCAGAUGGGAAAAAUACAAUUAAGAGACUGAACCAAAAAAAAGAAAAGAAAAGUGAAAUACAUUUGCUAAGACAGUGUAAUGUUUUAUUACAUGCUUUUAUAAUAAAAACAAA